GAAGGGCAGAGCUCCCCCGCGCCUGGUCAGGCAGACAGGCGGGGCCAGCAGCCUCCCACCCGACCAGGGCUUUAGCGCGUGGGCCCCACAGGCAGCCGCGAGUGUUACGGGGCGGGUGCAGGGGACGCCCCCCGACAAGGAAGCAGAGGCUCGGGGGGCGGCGCUCGAUGCAGCCAGCUCCUCCCGCUAGCCCUGGCUUCCGCCAGCACCGACCCCGCCAGGGGAGCUCGCCGCCGGGGCGAGCCGUCACGUGAGCUCGUCAGAGAUCCGGAAGAGCGGCCGGCGGCCUCACCGCGCGGCUUCGGCUCCUGCGGGGCCGGCGGGCUCGGCUUGCAGCGAUGCUGGCCGCCUGGGGCGCCGCGUACUCGGCCGCGGCUGGCCUGCUGGGGGCGCUGGCCGCCUGCUCCGCUAAACUGGCUCUGGGCGCCGAUUACCUGCGGGAGGCGUGUGCGGCUGCGGCCGGAGGGGAGGAGGCGGCCGCCGGCGCCUGUGUCUGGUUACACGUGGUGCUCAGAGUAGGAUGCGUCGGUCUGGUGUUUGCGUGCAAUGCUGUCAUGUGGACCUUCUUUGCAAAAGCCCUCCACCACUCCUCUUCCUCAGCGACCGCCACAGUGACAACAACAGCCUCCAACUUCAUCUCUUCGGCUUUCCUGGGCAAGCUGCUCUUUGGAGAGACUCGUGCACUCUUGUGGUGGGUAGGGAUCAGCGUGACACUCUGUGGACUCCUGCUGCUGCACACAGCUUCACCUCACACAGAACAGCAGCAUUCUGAGAAGAAGGACAAAUAGAAACUAAACCCACUGGAUUAGUUUGUGUCAACAAUCUAAUGACAAAAUCAGCCUUCAGGCCUUUCUGCUGUAGGUGGGUGAUGCUCCUGCAGACUUGCUCCUUGGAUGAUUCUCCCCAUAUGUUGCUGUCAUGGUUACAGGGCGAACUGUGCUUUGUUUUUUGUUUUUUUGUUUUUUUUACUCCCUCCUCUUAAGUGAUAGGCCUGACUGCCUGCUCCUCACUCCGGGCGGAACUAUGCAGUUCAACCACUCUGGCUCUGGGUCUCAGAAUUCUUGUUUCUCAACCACGUGAUCUGAGGCCCAGCUGAGUGAGGCAUCUGUAAGCCUUUUCGCUCUGGGGACCUGUGACCAGCAAAUUGGUUAAAAGUGACUCAAAACAGCUUCUUCAAAACAAUGCAUCAUGUAUUCCUUCCCACAGAGCAAAGGGUACAAACAUUAAAGGGCUACAUGCAGAUUUCC